GCCACAAAUUUACGUUUCCAGUUUUUAAAGCUUAAUUGACCUUCACGCCUCCAGUACUAGUGUUCACAAGGAUAUAUCCAAGACACCAUGAGAAGAAAGACCACUGUGAGCUCGGUUAGUGUGAGCAAUGGAAAAUCAAAACAAGCUCUAACAGGUGUAACAAAACCAAAGAUAAAAAAUCGAUUAGGACGUCCUCCCAAACUCACAGUCGGCGACAAUGACAGCAAUGGAGAUGAUGCAGUUCUGGAUGUCGACUCCGAUUCCGACAAUGAUUCGGAUUCUGAUGACGAUUCUUCUUCAGGGUCUUCAUCUGACGACGAUAUAAAUUAUGCGGAAGCCAAUGAAGAAUUCGUCGAUGAAGAAGACGAUGUAGACGAUGACGUGGAAGACUACUACGAUGACGAUGACGACUACGAUAUUGCGUUCCCCGAACUGACUCCUCGGUACCUUCUCAAAAUAUACGCUGGACUUUUCAGGGUUAGUGGUAACCCCAAGUUCGAGAACAAAGCUAUUAAUGCAAUGAUGGAAACAGCACUUAGCAUUGCGUUGCCCACGAAGCCAGAAGAGAGAAAAGAGAUCGAUCUUAGUGACCUUUCUUUCACCAAGGGCCUGGAUAUCCAUAGUCCUGAUGUUCUUGUAAUCCAAUUGAAAUCGGGUAGAAACAUCGAGGGUUAUAGACACAAACUCCCAUUGCCUUGUUUGAUAGGAACAAUUGCCAGAAACUUGUGGUACCGGCUUGACUUUCCCCAGGGGCCUUUGGCAAAGGAUAAUUUCCCCAACUUUCAGGACGGAUCAUAUCGCCAGAUAAAGCUUUUGUAUUCGCAGAGAUCUGAUCUGGUGAGACCCAUAAGUGAACAAAACAUGAUGAGUUUGGCCAAGUUCAGUUUCGACCAAGCGUUUGGUAAUAUGAGUAACAGCCGAGUGAGUUUCUAUGUCAAUAGUUUGCAAGAAUUCCCACGUUUAGAGGCAGCAGGGUUCAAGCCGCCAGAAACUUAUUUUAUAGCAAGAGACCAAGUCAAACCACCCGAGCAGUUACGAAAGAAGGUGUUUCCUUGGUUAGAAAGCGAAUGGCAGCUGUUUGAAAAGUACCAACUGACGCUUCCACCUCCUAUAAGAGAUUUGUCACUUCCCAAGCUUUUCUAUAUGCUUGAUCAGUUCAGGGAUAUUAUUCUUCAGGACAUGGUGUUUUUGGUUGAUCAGAACCCGGAGUGUGUGUUUUACUACUAUGAGGUUUGCUAUUGCCCAGAAUUUGUUGCUUAUAAGAAAGAUGUUCUUGCUUACUGUGGACAAACAGAACCGGUAACUACUGAGGUGAAGAGUCGAGCUCCAGAAAAUAGACCAAGAAUUCGAAGUCUGGCCAACCACACACCAACUCGCAAACCAGCUCACAAGUCAACUGCGGCUAAAAAAGCAUAUCAAACCCAGCUUACGCUUCAGAGUGUAUUUGACAGCCGCAGCCUGGUUGAAGACUCUUCAACUAAAAACCUGUUAAAUAACCAAAAGAUAACUAAAAGUCCUGUCAACCGUGGUAAGCAAGCCACCGUAUCACAUUCAGACAAGAAAGUUGUUUCUCAGAGUGAGUCCAAAACUGAUUGGCUCAUCCAAAAUAUGCAAGAGCAGAAUCAGUCUCUAAGAAAUGACAUUCUAGCGAUAAAAGAACAAACUUUACAGCAAAAGCAGGAGGUUGAGGACCUUAAAAAACUCACCCAAGAAAAGUUGAACGCGAUCUUCGUGUUAUUGUCGAAACAACCAGAAGCCUUGCUGUCGGCUUACAAGAAUACACAAGGAGCCAACAUCCAGGCAACCCCACCAACACCGCACUGGGGAACCCAAGUUGCAGGUCAAAUAGGUCAAGCUGCAGGUCAAAUAGGCCAAGUUGCAGGUCAAAUAGGCCAAGUUGCAGGUCAAGUAGGACAAGUGACUAAUCAACUUCCUGGCCAAGUGGCUCAACUCCCUGGCCAAGUGGCUCAACUUCCUGGCCAAGUGGCUCAACUUCCUGGCCAAGUUGUAACCCAACUUCCUGGCCAAGUUUCAGCUCAAGUUCAAGCUCAAAUUCUUGGUCAAGUUCCAGGCCAAGUCUCAGGUCAAAUCUCAGGCCAAGUCUCGGGCCAAACCUCAGCCCAAACAUCAGGAGUUUCAUCUGCUCUGUACCCAGGCUACAGCCUAUCUAAUGCUCAAUUUCCAGCCUCAACAACUUAUCUAACGUACCCCUAUGGAUACCAGCUGGUUGCUGCUUAUUAUCCUCAGCAAUCGAGUGUGCAAUUUCAAACAUCUCCCGGUGCCUACACUAUAGCACAAACUGCAGCUCCAACUACGCCGGUUCUGGUUCAACCCCCAUCAACACCGGCUCAGUCCACCUCUACCUCAGCUCUGGCUAAAUUGACCCUAGCGGCGCCAGUGACCUCAACCAAAACCAAAACAAAAGCACCACCAGUUCCAAGUCCAGUCAUUGGUACAGAGGCAGCCUUCCAACUCCCCCCUGAUUCUUUGGUACGAUUCACCCAAUGGACCUCUGAGCAGCCACAUAUUCAACCCCCAAAGCGGUCAAAGGCCAAAAGACCCGAUUACGUGCAGAGAUUAGAAUUCAAUGAACUGCUUGAAAAGGCAAGCCACAUGCCUAAAGUGGCUAAAACUUUGGUUGGGUAUGUUCGUCAAUGGUUUUUGGGUAUGGAAGGUGUACCCAGUAUUGUUUCCAGAGAUCAGGUAUUUAAGGAUGCGUGGAGACAACAAACUGCAGCUGCUGAAACGUACUCGUCCAGAAGAAAGAUUGUGGAUUUUGUUGAGUCUCUCAGAAAAGAUACUGGUACCCUUUUCUAUGGCUGGGGCAGAUUUCAAUUGGCCAAAUUAAUUGAUAUUCAUUUUCUGAAAAAUGAUAUUCCUAUUACGGAUCUAGAGGAUAUAGGUAGCAAGGAAAAAAGAGACUUGAUCAGAAAGCUUUACAAAUUAAAAGCUGUUACACCCCAUGAGAUGUAUACUAAUUUCAGUUUCGAUUUGAAACUGGAGUUCAAGUGUAAAGAAACAUAAUGGUGCUAUCCACGGCAUUCCCAUCAAUUAAAACCGAGAUUUUAUAACCGAGGAUUUUGAUCCCCUCACACUCGAAUGUUUUGGGAAGCUUUUAUAUUUAUAGUCACCAAAUGCCAUGUAAUUGCUGUACUAUUUCUAAACUCCGUUGACCAACGUAUACAAACCAAACGGUGCACCUCUUGAAAUUUUGCGAAGUAAUAAUUCAUCACUCAUACUAUCACCAAAAUGGCCCCCCAACAAUCCCAUGAAUUAUAUGUCCACAAGAAUCCCGUCAAAGAGAUGGAUCUUGAUGUCGACUCUCCUAAUGCCACUUUCAAGAUCAGAUCCACCGAUUUACCCGCUUUGAAAGACGGUCAAGUGUUGGUCAAGAACUUAAUGUUCUCCAAUGACCCCAGUCAGAGGGCUUGGAUCCAGAAGGAUAUUCCCGCUGAAUCCAUGUACGUGGCACCUAUUAGACAAGGACAGGCCAUGCUGACGUUGGCAUUGUCUCAGGUGGUUGAGUCCAACAACAAGGGAUUUUCUGCUGGGGAUUUGGUUCGGUGUAGCACUUCCUGGUCCGACUAUGCCGUUGUCGACCAACAGUCAUUGUUUGACAAAAUCCCUGAAAACUCCGGUUUCUCGUUGGACUCGUACUUGGACAUCUUGGGAUUCACCAGUUUGACUGCCUGGUUUGGAGUCUACGAUGUGGCCCAGUUAAAGGCCUCGGAUGUUCUUGUGGUGUCAGGAGCUGCUGGUGCCACCGGAUCCGUGGUGGUACAAAUCGCCAAAAACAUCAUCGGGUGCAAGAAAGUGAUUGGAAUUGCCGGUGGCAAGGACAAAUGUGACUUUGUUAAGUCCAUUGGUGCCGAUGACUGUUUGGACUACAAGGCCCCCAAGCUCUUGGAAAAUAUGAAACAAGCUUUGGGAGACGACGAAUGUGACGUGUUUUUCGACGGAGUUGGAGGACGGAUCUUAGACAUGAUGUUGUUGUUGACCAAGCAGCACGGCCAGAUCAUUGCCUGUGGUUCUGUGGCCGGAUACAAUAACGCAUCGGCUUCUUCCGUCAAUGCAUGGGGAUUGAUCACCACCAGAAGAUUGACUGUCAAGGGCUUCAUCAUCUUGGACUACUUCGCCAAGUUUUCUGAGACCACCACCAAGUUGAUCGAGGCCGCCAAGGCUGGAAAGCUUCAAAACACGGCUGAGUCCAAGACGGUGGUGGACUUGAGUAGAGAUCCUGACUUUCUUAAGAGGGUGCCCAAAACAUACAACAUGUUGUUCAAUGGAGAAAAGAAGAACGGGAAGUUGAUCACCAAGAUCGCUGAACCCCAAUCCAUUGCCAAGUUGUAGGUAAAUAGUAUUUAUCCAUUGUCAAGUUGUAGGUAAAUAGUAUUUAGUUUUUGAAUUUGUGUUGUAUAAACUAGUCGCGGUGCGACUUGAUGUAAACAAACGAGUUUG